UUGAAUUAAUUUUUUUUUCCGAGGAAAUUCUCUCCUCAUUUGUUUUAAUUUGCAAUUAUUAUUUUUAAUCAGUCGAUUUGUCUCGCGGAUUCGAGUGAUUAUUCAAUUAUCGACAGCUGAACGGUUAAUUAUAGAAUCGACUGGGAUAAAUGGGAUGUGUACAGAGAAUUUUCGGUGUUGGAAAUGUCUUCAGUCAGUUGGUGAAUCUUAAACAGAUAAAUUCAUCAGUAAUUGAAUAAUGAGUGUCUGGACAAAAUUAACUGUUGAGGGGGCGGGGGUGAUAUCGAGGGAUGAUGUGCACACGAGCUUGCGGAGAAAAAAUUUACCGACGAUAGAAAAAUUACCGGAUAAAGUGCUUCUCCAUUUAUUCAGUUAUCUUUCUCACCGUGAGAUUUGUCAAUUGGCACGGGUUUGCAGACGAUGGCGUCUCAUUGCAUACAACACAGCAUUAUGGAAACAUGUGUCACUCAGACCGGAAAUAAGUGGCCUCCACGUGAACUCCCUGGAGAUGCUGCUCCAGCUCAUCAGUCAAAGAUUUGGGGCGACUCUGAGGUACAUCGAACUGCCGAUUGAACUGAUAACUCAUACCGUUCUCCAUGAACUGGCGAACAAGUGUCAGAAUCUCACGCACAUGCUCCUGGAUUUUUCCACUGCAAUGCAGCUUCAUGACUUCUCCGAGAUGCAGGCAUUCCCCACUAAAUUAAAAUACAUGUGCAUUUGUCUGUCUGAAGUUAUAUUCAUGGAGGGAUUCAUGAGAAAAAUUUACAAUUUCAUUAACGGACUGGAGAUUCUCCAUUUGAUCGGGACGUACGAGAAAAUUGAAGAGGAGGAAGAGGAGAUCUACGAGGUGAUAAACGUCCACAAGUUGAAAUCCGCAACCCCAAACCUCCGGGUGAUCAAUCUGUACGGAAUUAAUUUCGUGGACGACUCCCACAUCGACGCCUUCUCCUCGAACUGCAUCCAACUCGAAUGUCUAGCCGUUAAUUUCUGUAAUAAAGUGACAGGAUCGACGAUGAAGACAUUAUUCCAGAGAAGCAGAAGAUUGAAGUGUCUCCUGAUGCAGGGAACGAAUCUCCAGAGUGAAUACGUGAUGCAAGUUGAGUGGGAAAAAUCAUCGGUUCAGGAGCUGGACAUCACAGCAACGGAUUUGUCGACUGAAUGUCUCAUUGACAUGUUGACGAGAAUUCCAGGAUUACGAUUCCUCAGUGCUGGACAGCUGAAUGGCCUGAAUGACAGUGUCCUCAAGGCGUGGACAGAGUCCGGAAAUCCUAGGAAUCUCAUCGCCCUGGAUCUCGACAGGUCUGACAAUCUCACGGACGAUGGACUUCACAAAUUUCUGUCCAGACAUGGACAUCAACUCUGGGGUAUUGCACUCUCUGGAAUGCCACAUAUCACUGAUCAACUCUGGCAGAGUGUCCUGCCAAUUUUGACCAAUGCCAAGAUCGCUGUCAUGGGGACGCAGGAGAGACUUGGAGUGAACAUUCAUGUCGACCAAUUGAUGGAUGGAAUUGCGAAUAAUUGUCCGAAUUUGGAGAGACUGGAAUUGCGGUGGGACCCCGAAAAUUUGCGAUUCUCUGAUAAGUCCCAAAAGGCUAUCGAUGUACUCAGGGUCAAGUGCAUCAAAUUGCGCUGUCUCGUGCUCAGUGAUGGGAGGUACUACGAGGUUGUUAAAGCGAAUUUCGAGCGUGCAGACAGGCUGACAGUCGUCCGUGCUACAACUUGCUGCAGAGUUACAAACUACUACCUGUUGCAGAAUUAUAAAGACUUGAUAUUCAAUUGACUAAUUAGUGAAAUGAAAACUUGUCACGUAAUUAGAGUUAAUUAACCGGAUUCUCCAAGAGGCACUCUCAAAACACCUGCCUCUUUGUCAAAUCUCUAAGAAAGACAAUAAACAAAUUAUUAAUUUCGAAA